AUGGAGGAACGAAGCCAACGUGCGAGCACCCCUCCUAUUCCGAGAAGAGAGCGAGAACGUCCAUGGCAACAUGCAAAUGAUCUAUAUGAAGCAAGUGACGUUGAAAGUGAUCGAGCUUCGCGACAAAGUGCAAGGAGACGAGGUCAUCGAGUACGGGAACAAAGAGAUCGAGAGCGGCCUGAUGAUGAUUUAAAGAACAUUAAAAUGACGAUUCCUGCUUUUCAAGGAAGGUCGGAUCCCGAGGCCUAUCUUGAAUGGGAAAAGAAGGUGGAAUUAGUUUUCGAGUGCCACAAUUACUCGGAAAGCAAGAAGGUGAAGUUAGCUACUAUAGAAUUCUCCGACUAUGCCAUAAUAUGGUGGGAUCAACUCUCGUUGAGCCGAAGACGCAAUGGAGAACGUCCCGUGUCUACAUGGGCGGAAAUGAAGGCGAUUAUGAGAAAGCGAUUUAUUCCUGCCUAUUACCACCGGGAAUUGUAUCAAAAGCUUCAAAGUUUAACUCAAGGCCAACGAAGCGUGGAGGAUUACUACAAGGAAAUGGAAGUGGCCAUGAUUCGCGCCGAUGUGGAAGAAGAUCGAGAAGCCACCAUGGCUCGAUUUCUCGCCGGCCUUAAUCGUGAAAUCGCAAAUAUUGUGGAGCUACACCACUAUGUUGAAGUCAUUGAUAUGGUCCAUAUGGCCAUAAAGGUUGAAAAACAAUUAAAAAGAAAAGGUACGUCCCGUUCUUUCCCUAACACUUCUUCGAUGACUAGGUGGGGGCAAGGAACCAACAAACGUGAUAUGCCAAGUCGGAAUAAAGAAGUAAGUGGUGCCACCAAGUUCAACAAACCGAUUGCCGAAUCGAGUAAAGGAAAGAUGGAUGCUCAACCAAAUAGAUCCCGAGACAUAAAAUGCUUCAAAUGCCUUGGAAGGGGCCACAUCGCAAGUCAAUGUCUGAACCGAAAUGCGAUGUUCAUUUGGGAUGAUGGAAAGAUUGAGUCCGAGGGUGAACAAGAGCAAGAGGCUGUUGAACCAAACAAAGAAGAGGAAGAAGUCGAACAAGCAGAGAAUGGAGAAAUCUUGGUUGUGAAAAGAAGCCUUACUUUACAAGGUGCCGAAAAUGAUCAGCAACGCGAGAACAUCUUCCAUACGCGAUGCCAAGUGAACGGUAAGAUUUGUUGCGUUAUAAUUGAUGUGGGAAGUUGUACAAAUGUGGCUAGUACAUUGAUGGUGGAAAAACUCGGAUUGGUCACCACCAAACAUCCCCAUCCGUAUAAACUCCAAUGGCUUAACGAUGGUGGAGAAUUGAAGGAAUUUCAAGACGUAUUCCCGGAACAAAUCCCGAGUGGGUUACCACCUAUUCGUGGAAUUGAACACCAAAUCGAUCUUGUGCCAGGAGCCGCAAUUCCAAAUCGACCUGCUUACCGGAGCAAUCCUGAAGAGACGAAAGAAUUACAAAAGCAAGUAAAUGAACUCCUUGAAAAGGGUUAUGUACGUGAAAGCCUUAGUCCAUGCGCCGUGUCUGUUUUACUAGUUCCGAAGAAGGAUGGAACGUGGAGGAUGUGCGUGGACUGCCGUUUUGUUGUUAGCUCGGAGGGUCUUGAAGUCGAUCAAGAGAAGAUCAAGGCGAUCCAAGAAUGGCCCCGUCAACGAAUGUCUCCCAAGUUCAAGUUUCCAUGGACUAGCAAGUUUUUACCGUCGAUUCGUACCAAAUUUCAGCACCUUAGCCGCACCUUUAACCGGGUUAUUCGUAAGAAUUCCAACUUCAUUUGGGGAGAGGAACAAGAAAAAUCCUUUUUGAAAAUUAAAGAUUGUCUAACUCAUGCACCGUUAUUAGCUUUGCCUAACUUUGAUAAAACUUUCGAGUUAGAAUGUGAUGCAUCAGGUUUAGGCAUUGGAGCUGUGUUGAUGCAAGAUGGUCGUCCUAUUGCCUAUUUUAGCGAGAAACUCAAUGGUGAUGUCUUAAACUAUCCAACAUAUGACAAGGAGCUCUAUUCGUUGAUCCGAGCCUUAGAAACGUGGCAACACUAUCUUUGGCCCAAGGAAUUAAAUCAUACACACCGAUCAUGA